CCUUAAUUACACGACCUAAAUGAAUACCUGAGGAGAGAACAAGGGGAGCGUGUAUUUUUUUCUUCCCCUUCCUCAAAGUUGUGAAAUCCGAUAGCUGCAGGAAGAAAAAGAAAAGAGAGAGAAAGAAAGCAAGAAAGAGAAAACAGAGAGACAGAAGUGGCUUUAAUGAGAAGCAACCUUUGGAAUUCCUCCUCGUGAAAAUUCCGACUCUGCUGUUUUUCCCCCUCUCCUCUUGUUUUUAGGCUUGAAGACAUGAUCACUAGCACCAGUAUUUAUGGUCUAAAGAUGCAGUGGACCCCAGAGCACACACAAUGGGCAGAGCAACACUUUGACAUCUCAUCCACUACCCGCUCGCCAGCACACAAAGUAGAGGCCUACCGGGGGCACUUACAGCGAACGUACCAGUACGCAUGGGCAAAUGAUGACAUCUCUGCACUGACUGCCUCCAAUCUGCUUAAGAAAUAUGCAGAGAAGUACUCUGGGAUCCUAGAGGGCCCAAAUGAAAGAGCCCUGCUGUGUUCCUACUCUGAUAGCACCAGUGGACUCAUGAAUGGACGAAAGUCAGAGAAUGAGUCCUGGCAGGAGGGGAUUUACCCAAUGAACUGUGCUCCAGAUGUUAUAUCUGUGAGCAAAGCUGGAAUGACAGCUGCCCUACCCCCUACAGAUGUGUCGGCUAGCAUAGGCAGCUCCCCAGGGGUGGCCAGCAGCUUGUCUGAGCCGAGCUAUUCCAGCAGUAACUGUGGGAGCCACACAGCCACUACCCUCCACUCGGGCCUCCCCUCUCAGGAAUAUACUGCCAGCUACAACGGCUCCUACCUGCAUUCAAGCUAUAGCGGCCAGAGUACCCCAGCCCUCCCCUCCCCACACCCCUCUCCUUUGCACAGUGCCGGGCUCUUACAACCACCACCCCCGCCUCCUCCCCCUACCUUAGUGCCGAGCUACAACGCCGGGUCUCCAAACCUUCCCAACUACAAUUAUCCUCCAACAGGGUAUCCUUCUCAGACUGCUGUUGGCCCUGGUUAUAGCCCUGGGGGAGCGCCCCCCCCUUCGGCUUAUCUACCGUCUGGUAUUGCAGCUCCGACACCAAUCCCUCCUUCCACACUGCCUGGCUACACCUACCAGUCCCAUAAUCACACACCAAUUGCACCAACACCUUUGAAUGGCAGCACAUCCAACUCAUUAAAACGAAAAGCUUUCUACAUGAGUGGACAUGGAGAUAUGGACUCUAGCUUUGGUAAUUUCAACUACAACCAACAGCGCUCUUCACACAGUCCAAUGUACAGACUUGCAGACAGCAGUAUCACAGACUCAAACAGGGGUAAUGGCUUUGACAGGAACGCUGAGGGGGCGUCUCUAGCAUUUAAGCCAACCAAACAGACAAUGUCCUCCGAUCAACAAAGAAAAUUUAUAAUACACUCUGGCAGAGCACUAACUCCUCCAUCCUAUGGAUCAACCAAAAGCUCUGUGGGUGAUCUCAGAACUGGUGAGCCCUAUGGCAAGUUUGGAUCCCCCAUCAUGAGCGAGCAAACUGAAGAGCACAGACAGCACCUCUCUCACUCCCUAACAGGGCCUGACAUUGGUACGGCUACCUCGUCCAUCCUUGCUGCAGAGGAACAACUGAAGAACAGUGACUCCAACUUGGUGGAGAUGGUGACCACAGAAAUCCUUCAACAGGGCCCUCCAGUCGACUGGAACGACAUUGCGGGUCUGGAUAUGGCCAAGGCAGCCAUCAAAGAGGAGAUACUAUGGCCCAUUUUACGGCCAGAUAUGUUUAGUGGACUUGCCACAUUACCUCGGAGCCUCCUUUUAUUCGGACCUCAGGGAACUGGUAGAACACUGCUGGCCCACAGCAUGGCCAGUCAGCUAGGGGCUGCCUUCUUGCGACUCAGCAGCUCAGCUUUGGUGACCAAGUGGCUUGGGGAAGGCGAUAAGAUCAUACAGGCUUCUUUCCUGGUGGCCCGGUGUCGCCAGCCGGCUGUGGUGUUCAUCAGAGAGGUGGACCUGCUGCUGUCAUCCCAGCUCAGUGAGGAGAGCCCAGUGAAUCGUCUCAAGGCUGAGCUCCUCAUGCAGCUUGACAAUAUUCUGACCUCUGCUGAGGACCAUGUCCUCGUGGUCUGCUCCACCAAUAAGCCUGAAGAGAUCCCAGAGUCCCUAAGGAGGUACUUUGCCAAGCGAUUGCUCAUCCCCUUGCCUGAUGGGACAGCACGACACCAGAUAAUCAGCCAACUGCUCUCACAGCACAACUACUGUAUUAGUGACAAAGAGAUGUCACUACUAGUUCAGAGGACAGAGGGCUUUUCGGGACUGGACGUGGCCCAGCUGUGUCAGGAAGCCGUGGUAGGUCCUCUCCAUGGCAUUCCUGGUACCGACCUGUCAAGCAUCCAUCCUGCUCAGAUGAGGCCGGUCUCCUACCAAGACUUUGACAAUGUGUUUUGCAAAUUCCAACCCAGCAUAUCACAAAAAGAACUUGACAUGUACACUGAGUGGAAUAAAAUGUUUGGUUGUAGUCAAUGAAAGAGACCCAUCAAACAUGAUCUCUUUAAACCCUGUAGUUGAAUACAGAUAAGUGUUUGGCCUUCAGUGAACAAGAAAUAUUACAAGCAGUGGUGACACAAACACGUACAGCAAAGGGAUUGUCCUUGAAGGCUUUAGACAAAAGAUGACAUUCUGGACUUCACACAUUGGUAAAAAAAAAUAAUUAAAUGCUUUAUGUGGCUGACGCCAUGUGCUCAUUAAAACGACCUGGAGACAAUGCCCCCCGUUUUUUGUAUAUACAUAUAUAUAUAAAUAUAUAUACAUACUAUUCUGCUGAUCUUGAGAUUUAGUUGCUAUCAAGUGCCUGAGGUGGUGCUGUUUAAGUUUUCUUUUCUCACAAUCUUCAUUGGUGACAUGUGCUAAUAUGAAAAAAAAAAAAGCUUUAAAAUGGGACAAAAAACUUGCUUUCUCCUUUCCAUUAGAACGGUGUUCUACAGCUGUGUCUGUUUUCGUGCUCUUUGUGAACAGUUGUGGUUAAUUUGAGCUAAAUUAAAUUUAUUGGCAUAAUUACAGUUUGGAUUCAUUACCUUCCACAGGUUUUAUGUGUGUGUAAAUCCUUUAAUUACAACGACACUGACAUUUUUGCUGGAUUUGUUCUCUGGCAAACUUAUGGUGAAUUUGGUUGCUGUACUGGCCUCUCCACUAUAGAAGAAAUUACAAAAACAAUUCUUAUUUUACAAUGUGACUUCAAUCGAAUCAAUAAAUGACUGUGUAAUUGCUGUUAAAAUAUUGUUGCAGUAGUAAUUUGCAGUGUUUCACAUAAAUGUAAUAUUCUACCAUUAUUUCUUUUGAUGUUCUCUAUUUGAAAACUCAGGAAAGUGAUGAUGAUAUGUACAGUACCUCAUAAGCUUGUGUUGAAGCACUACAAAAGCAUUUGGCUUGCAUUUGAAAUUCCACUAUCAAACCAUGUAAGGCUAUAUAAUACCUCAAAAAGCUUAAAGUGAAACGAGGAGGUCCCUACAAUGAAUGUACAAGAGUCAUUCGAAACAAAUCAUUCGUUCGGGUUUUCUUUGCCGCCUUUGCUUUAGCUUGUGGUCAUGCACAGCUGAGAGAAAUCCGAAAGGUGCAGACAAACAUCUCGGGGUUGAGGAAGACAGUGGCCCCCGAGCUAUUCCAUUCCAUCCUGCUGCCGUUUUAUCGUUAAUGAAACCUAAGGAUUAUGUAUAGCCUAAGUUCCUUUCUACCUCAGUUUGUUAGUUAUCUCUGAAAGACAAAUUCGCGAAGACAGCAAAAUGUCAGCACCUAUUCUGCCUGUUUGAUGAGGAGAAACCUUUUUGAGAGAACACCAAAUGUUGUGUGCAAAAAUUUAUUGAGCUUUACAUUUUGAUAACCCUGUUUCUCACCACAUAAUGCACUUAAAGGGGAAUACCACUGAAUAUCAGCUUCGGGAUAUGCCUUUGCCUUAGGACAAUUUGGUCUGUAUCAGCCAACAUUCACCACUUGAUCAUGUUUCGCCCCUGAAUCUGUGAUGUCAAAUAGAAAAAUCUAAACGUGAUGUUGGGUACACAUGUUUCUGGCUUGGAACCAAUUCCGUUAUUUUAAAGCAAAGUUUACAGAAGAAUUGGUUUUACUGUCUCAGGCCAUGACUGUAACAUUCAAGAAUUGAGUGGCAUUCCUUUUUAAGAACAUGUCUCACUGUACAUGAAACUGUUAUUUUUACUCUAUGUUUGUCAUUUUCACACUCAAACUGUUGUGUUUACAGUGUUAUCAAUCAGUAUUUGCUGCCAUUAAUCAGUACAUUUCCAUGCAACAUUUCCUUUUUUUUUCCUUUCAAUUUUUUUGGCAACGAAAGAGCCGGGCUGAGCUGACAGCUGAAUUGGCAAGUUAAAAUGUUAUUGAAUGUAUUAUGUCCUCUGAGCAGUAAAGGAAAAGCAAAGCACUCGCACAUUGAAAAAAAAAUGCCACUGAAGUAGAUAGCACUGUAGGUGUAGGCGUAUAGUACUGCAGAGGCACUAAAGGACCUUGUGUUUGUUUUUCAAAGGAGGUCCCUUCAUGUUUGUUUCCUAUUGCACAUGUUUUACCUGGUCUUUUUUUUUUUUUUUUUUUUAUCGGACAGUGUGCAUAUUGAUCACUGCAGCCUGGUUUUGGUAUCAUUAACUCUUCCAGACCUGUUUCAGGAUGUUUACAGAGCAUCCAGCACAGAAACUACGUAGCAGCAGAUACAGCUAGCAAGCUUGCCAGCAUUAAUAUCUGGUUGUAGUUUCACAUUAUUUGUGGUUACAGAUAUUCAGUAUUAAGAUGGGUGACGGCAUUUUCACUGAAUGCACGUAAGUCAACCCUGCCCCACACCAUUUGAACAACCCAGGAGCGGGACCACUCUCACAAUUAACUUGGUCACUUAAUUCAUUGUUUUUAUUCAUUCAAGUUGCUUUUUUCACUUACUGUGCACAUGCAACAUAUCCAGCAGGUCGAUAGCCAACAUGAAAGUCUAGUUGAACGCUUCAAACAUGAAAAAUACAGGCACAUUGGUUCAAUAUUAAUGGAAAAUACUUUGUACAUUGUCUUUUUAUUUUCUCUGCCCAAGCUGCAGAAUUUUAAGAAUUGUAAGAACUGCAUAUCUCCUCUCAAAUACUGUGUCAUUUAUUGGAACAUUUUGAGGUUUUUAGUGGUUGAAAUUGUUCUUGAAGCCAAAGUAGAACCGUUUUCUUUUCAACAUGGUGUUUCAACAUUGUUUAAAGAAGUUGUGAAUUUCAGUGUCCAUAAAGGUGCGAUAUGUAAGAAUUAAGUUGAUGACAUUCAAACUUCAUCGCCAACAUAAUGUGCAGAAAUAACAGCUUUGAUGUUAAGAUGUCUGUGUGUUGUUUUUGCUGAAGAUAGCAUGCUUACCAGCUAGCCCCUGCCUGCACGGUUCAAAGCUCCUGUGCCAGUAGUGUAGACACCAACUCUCCAAGUCUGGACCGCUAGCUGCACGGCUAACUAAGCUAACUAGCUAAUGGCUGCUACAGUUAACAGUGCCUCUGGUGAUAUACUGCCCCCUUUUUGUCUGGAGUAUGAAUUCCACAGCGGCUUCUUACAUAUCGCACCAUUAAUGCAACAGGGUAAGUUGUGGAUAUUUGAAAUUGGUGAUUUUAUAGUGCUCUCACUGGGCAUUUCCAAGUGAUUCUAUCAAAGCAUGUCAAAUAUUGUGAGUUUUGUGAAGCAUUUUUUGGCUUUAUCCUGUCCUGAGUUUAUGAACAGUCAGUCACCUCUGCCUGGACUGCAAAAAGAAACAUAGCUGAAGUGAAACGCUUUAAAAAUGUUGAUAUUAGCAGAAGAUGUUACACACCACACAGUGUAUUGUCACACAGGAAUAUAAUUGCUUCUGUGUCCAUGGUUGCUAAUUUUAAGAAGCAAUUUUGCUCAUGGCAAGGUUUUUGACAAGAAGGCGAUAAGAAGCCCUAAGUGCCAUUAACAAGCACAGAUUUCACGAGUUCAAGAGGUUUGACUGUUCAUGAACUGACGGAGGUAUGUAUGUUAAAAGGCGGAAAUGUUCCACUCAAAUUAAGUAGUACUUGUAAUCACUCGACAACAACAGAUCUUGUCACGUAUUUGCAGUGCAGAUGAGCACAGUGUGUAACACGGGAAGUUACAUUUGUAUGUUUUUAGACAGUAAAAAGGCUCACAGCAAGAUCUGAUACGAGGAAAAACAAUUACGGAUUUAUUUCGAUAGGGUGUAUAUUUCACAUGCUAUAGAUGUUAUCGUUAAACUAGUCAUUCAUCGUUGGGGGUGAUGUGAUGAAAAGGCCAACAGACAGACUUGAGCCGAACCUAUGAUAAGCACAUCGAGUCUCACAGUGACGCCAACUCAGUCACUUCUGUCAGUAUUUCUGUAAUUACAUUCUGUUGAAAACUGCUUUUGAUUCCAUCCUGAUGUAGUUUUAUAGUCCGCCUUUUUUUUUCUUUUUUUUUUUAUAACCAUUUCUACCUCAUUACUACAUAUUGUACAUGUAGUACUUACGUCCUGUCAUUUUGAAUGUCAUGCAUUUGUGGAUAAAAAAAAAAAAAAAGUAAAAAAAACAAACAAAAAAAAUUAACAAAAGAGAAAAAAAAGCUUGCCCUUGAAUCUGAGCAGUCUACCUCAAAAAGACUGUCUUUACACUGUCAAGUACAAGUCGCAGAAAAAAAAUGAGGCACCUUGAGGGCAAAGAUGAAGAAAAACCUGCACAUACAGUUCAUUUACAAUACCGUGUUUCAGUUGAAUUGCUGUGGGCUGUGUAGGUCUUCUACAAGGUCGCCAAUGCAAAUCCAUUUCCUAAAAAGUACAGUAACGAGUUGCUUUAAUCCUUUGUUAAUUGUUGUAGUGCGCAUGUUAAUGUGUGUGUAUGUGCACUUGCAAUGACCAUGCAAGUAUGAGGGACAACACAACGAGAUAUGAAAAAUUUGUACUUUUCAUAUACAUGUACAGAGAAUAAACUUGCACAUAGCUGUACGUAUUGUACAUUUGCUAAUGAUAUACAGCAUACAUACAAAAAAAUGCACCACAUACAUGUUUAUAUGUGUGUAUGUAUCGCCAUACUUACAGUACAGUCGGUUUAAAUGUAUUUUAAUUUCAAGGUACAUACUGAAUAAAGAUGUUUUCUUUUUUUUUCCUUCCUGAAAACUGGAUGCAUUUUGUACCUUCACUUGAUUAAAUUUGCAACGGUGUGAUCGA